AUGUGGCUUCAACUGACAAUUUUAACAAUAUUUUUCGCCUCGAUCUUUUCUGCUACAUCGUCUCCAGCAUUGUUACCAUGUUCUUUAACUUGUCUUAAUCAAACACGUACGUCACCCAAACCACCGGUGUUCUUUAUCAAUGAUACCACUGAAAAUGUAUUCAUCUUUUUUGCGAUUAAUUGUAACACCACAGAUAAUCUAACGUAUGCAAAUGUGUCAAUAUCAAUUGAUAAUACGCAUUCAAUUGAAAUUCAAAAUACUCUUCCAUUAAAUCUUCUUUCAUUCGAUCCAAUAUUUCAAAAUUUAACAUUCAAUUUAACUGUUCAUGGUACUCUUCUCGGUUACAGCCGUUUAUCGUUACAUGCCGAGUAUCUCAAUCAAUCGAAAUAUGCAUUUAAUUAUACAAAUAAUCUCAGUAUUGACUUCGCCGUGAAACGAAAAAGUACAGUACUUGAUACAAUCUUUACUGUUGCUGUGAUUAUCCUGGUUUGUAUCGGAACGUUCCUAAUUGGUUGCCGUCUGAUAACACAGAAUUUGUAUGCAAAUAUACGUCGGCCUGUUCCCAUACUUAUUGGUUUGUCAAGUCAAUUUAUAUGUUUACCAUUAUUGGCUUAUGGUUUGGCUAAGUUAGCGAAACUUGAUUCAUCAACAGCGAUUGGAUUGUUAUCAACUGGUUCAGCACCAGGUGGUGGUGCAUCGAAUAUGUAUACGGCUAUGUAUGGUGGCGAUGUUGAUCUUUCGGCUUCAAUGACAUUCAGUAGUACAAUACUUGCAUUUGGUACAUUUCCAUUGUGGAUUCUUCUAUUAGGUCGAGAAUUUAUCGAUACGCAUAAUGUACACUUUCCAUGGGAAAAUAUGUUUGCAACGUUGAUUUGCUUAAUUGUGCCAGCUGGUAUUGGUCUGUUGCUUCGUUGGCAAAAGCCUGGAAUUGCCGAUCGCUUCACCCGAUUUCUUCGAUUUAUCACCUUAUUCUUUAUUUUAUACAUCUUAACCUUCGGUAUUUACACUAAUCUCUACGUAUUCAAAUUGAUCAAUUUUCGAACUGUAAUCGUCAGUGCAAUUUUACCUUACACUGGCUUUCUUAUUGGAUUUCUCUUGUCACUCGUCACUCGACAAAAUACAGAACGUCUCAUUGCCAUAUUUAUCGAAAGUGGCUUACAAAACACAGGCGUUGCCAUCUUUUUUCUUCGUCUAUCUCUUCCUCAACCGGACAGUGAUCUCGCUAUCGUUGUGCCAAUUUUUGUUGCUAUCGCAAUCCCUAUUCCACUUCUGAUUAUUUAUACAUGCUUAAGUAUUUAUCGACGUUAUCAAAAACGACAUGAUCUAUUUGACGAUGUCGAUGAUCAUGAAGUCAUUCGUCGUGUGCACGAACGUGACAUUUUUAACGUUACAGGGCAACUGAAAUUUUGUCCAUCGGCACUCAGCGUACGGAAUGUGUCAAUAACAAAUCCACUAUUGAAAAGAUUGAGUAUUCUCAAUGUUACAUAUUUUAUUGAGCCGAAUCGAAUCAACAUCACUGCACUGGCCCGUCUAAUUGGCUUUGCACCAUUGACAGUACAUCUGUAUUUUGAAAAUACUAAUCAAUUUAGACCUGAUCGUUCUUUAUCGCAAAACAUCACCAAUGAGCAAAUUCGUUGUGCACACUCCUCUCCGCAACGGACAGAAAUUCUUCGAAAUUGCCCAAAACUUCAAUAUAAAGAUGGAUUUUAUGUUCUUAAUCAUACAAUUAAUAUUGCGAUAAAGCGACAUCAGUCCAUCAUUGAUGCUUUAUUCAUCGGUGUGGUAGUUUUGCUUGUUACCGGGGGCACAUUGUGCAUCGGUUGUGGCUUGGAUAUCGAACAGUUGAAAAAUAAUUUCAAACGGCCGAUUCCAUUGAUUAUCGGACUCUUCUGUCAACUUGUUUAUUUACCAUUACUAUCCGUGGCAAUAUCGAAAGUUUUUCGAUUAGAUGAUCCGACAAGUUUAGGAUUGUUAUCAACAGCGAGUACACCAGGUGGUGGCUCAUCUAACAUUUACACCGCAUUGCUCGCCGGAGAUGUUGACCUUUCAGUGUGUCUAACAUUUCUAUCUACAACAGUAGCAUUCGGUACAUUUCCUCUUUGGAUUUGGUCUCUCGGGAAGACUUAUGUCGAUUUUUCCAAAGCAAAAUUUCCCUGGUGGAAUAUGUUUUUGUCGAUAAUAACCCUGUUUCUUCCAGCCAUGACUGGAUUGUUACUGCGUCGAUAUCGACCAGUAUUAGCACAUCGAAUCGCCCGUUUCCUCAAUCCGAUUGCCGUUGGUUAUCUCGUCUUCAUUCUAACAUUUGGAGUUUAUAUCAAUAUGUAUAUAUUCUACAUCAUCGAUUUCAAAGCAAUUGUUGCUUGUUGUUUUCUUCCCUGGCUUGGCUUUAUCGGAGGGGCAAUUGCAUCAUUAAUUGGAGUUCGCGAUAAGAAAAAAACAAUUGCAAUUUGUAUUGAAACAGGUAUUCAAAAUACGGCUGUUGCAAUCUUUUUCCUUCGCUUGACAUUUCCUCAACCGGAAGCCGAUGUCGCUCUGGCUAACCCAAUCCUUGUCUCAAUGGCAACACCAAUACCAUUCUUAGUCUUGGUUGUGACGCGAUCGUUGAUGAAACGGUUUACUUUCUGCCGAAAAUUUCUACCGAAGAAAGCUCAACGGAAAGCCGAAAAGAAUGAUGCGAAAGAAGACAAACCUGAAAAAGCGUUGAUUAAAGAAUUACUCGACGAAAAUAAAACGGACGAUCAACAACCGGCUGGUCAGAUGGAGAAAACCUCACUAUGA